AUGAAACCCAGACCUCCCUCUGGUAACAUUGCAGAUGCAUCUGACCCCGGCACCAGCAUAGGAGCAUACUGUCUCAUGCUGGAGCUGAACACUGGGAAAACCAUGCUGGAAUUUCAGGAAAUUAUGACUGUUUUUCAACUUCUGCACUGGAAUGGCACUCUGAAGGCUUUUCGGGAGAUGAGAUGUAGCCGCCAGGAGGUGAUCCUCUACUACUCCCAGCAGCAUCUGGACGAGCGUACGCGCAGCCACAUGGCUCUGGACUGGUUACAGAAGGAGCAGCAAUCCCCCGGCCUGCUCUCCCAAGAGCUGCAGCUGGCCGUGAAGGAGCUGGGGGAGGCCCGGGGAACCGGCAGGGAGCUCCGUUUCUAUAAGGAGAAGAAAGAAAUCCUGAGCUUAGCUCUCAGUCACGCUAAUGCUGAGGAUCUGGAGGGCUACCACAGUGAGGAGAUGUCCUGGAGAGAAGAGACUGAGUUUGAGUACUACGCUCAGGAGGGACACUGUCUGGAGGGGAGUAUGACGGAUCCUUCAGAGCACUGUCAGUUUCACUCUCAGGAGAGUGAUGGAGAAUCAAUGGAGUGAGCUCUGUGAGAUGAAAUGUAUAUACUGUACAUACUGUUCUUUUUUAAUAAUAUUUUCAAUAUAUCAAUAUAGCUUUUUCAGUCUUCUUUCAUACGCUCUUAAAAAUACAGGUUCCAAAAUGUGGUUUUCACAGCGAAGCUAUAGAAGAACAACU